AUGGUUAGAUUUUCAAGAACAGUUGCUCCAGCAAAUGACAGCAAUUUAACCAAACAAGAAGGAGAAUGUGCAGAUCCUAACUCGAUUACGAAAAACAACAAAAAGUUAUUUGGCGUGCGCCUUAGUAAUGGGGAGUGGAACAUUACAGAUAACUUAGCCUGCCUUUGCAAUUAUGGCUAUGAACUGACGAAUGGAUCUUUCACAUGCAAAGGUUAGUGCUGCACUUAAAAACCUGGAUAUGCCUCCGAAGCGUUGGGUCCAAAAUUUAAUCAUUUAAAUAAACAUCUAAAUGACCACCCCGUUUAUUCAUCGUUUGAUAAAAAGCUUAGAGAAGCUUCGAUGCAUAACUUACAUGAAAAUGACCGUUUGGUCAUACGUUACAUGUUCAUAUAAAUUCAAGCGGUGGACGUAGAUAAAUAAAUCUAUAUUUAUGAGAAGUGCAGCUGUGCAGGGAGAUAAGUUGAAUUUCGACCUGGGCUACGAAGAAAAAUGCAAAUUUUCGAAUUCAUAAAUUCUGCCCCCCCCCCCACCCCCCCAUUUGUCAAUUUUUGUGUCUCGACUCUUCAUUUUAUUUUUUGGUUUUGCAAAAAUACGGGGUAUUGAUUUUAGGGUCUUCGUUUUCGGGUCUUUGUUUUCAUGUCUUGUUAUUUAGGUCUGAAAACCCCAGGUUAGAGGUUGCAUUAAAUUUAUAAACGCAUGUUGUUCAAGAACCUGAAUGAUGGCCAUUAUGAGAGUCAUAAGGUGAAGACAAAAAGAGUUGUCUGGGUAUCCAAGCCUCUAGAGAUGACUAUUGCCAAGGUUAUCAAAAUGUGUCUCAGAUUCUGUCAAAGACAGUGGUCAUUUACAUGGCAGGAAUUUUUUGCCUAAAAAGCAAGUUAGAGGGUCAUUAUAUUGAUGUGUUCUGAACAGGAGAAUAUCAGUUGAUAUUCUCUUGGUUCUGAAGGAAAGGCAUGUCGAUGAAAUUUUACAUUGUUUCAUUUUAGAGUGUCAGAGAGGCUUCUAUAAGGAUUCUGUUGGCAACGCAAAAUGUGUACCUUGUCCUGCAAAUUCAGAAUCUAAUACUGACAGAACUGGUUGCACGUGUAAAGAAGGUUACUACAGAUCAUCUAGUGUGGUAGAUUGGGAAGGUAUAUAUUUAUUAGUGAUUGGUCUUGUCCCAAUCAUUAUCGAUUGAUAAAAGUCCUAAAACUUACAGAGUAUCCUUUCGAUUUUGUCCAGUAUAAUUUCAAAAUGUUCAAAGUAACACAAGGCUCUCUCUUAAUGCUUAAAACAUCGAUUAAAAUAUAUGUGUAAUUCCUUCCACCACCAACGCAACAACAGCAUAGUCUGUUUUGGCCAUGAGAGAAGUUUAUUCUCUAGAAUAAUAGAAUUGGACCGAACUGUGACAAACAAGGAAGCGAAAUCUCUCUGUCACCUCACCUAAAAGACCUUGGCAAGAAACGGGUGGGUGGGCGGGAAAAACAACAUCACUUGACAAAACACUGUUCACGCUACGAAAGCCCUUGCAAAACUGAAACCUUGUACUGUGACCGAUGAAGAAUAGAAAAAGGUGUAUCGCGUGGCAUGUGGCAAUUUAUCCCUUUGCGUAAUUGCGUCCAAAGAGAGAACAUCUACCAACGGUUCGAUCAAGAUGGCUGUAUAUUGGCCGAGUUCCUUUUUUUUUCGUCUCGGUCCUGAAAACACAGAAAAAAUAAUGAGGGUAAUAUCCAGCCAUCUUGACCGAACGAGCUCGGUAAAUAAAGUAUUUAUUGUAUCAAGAAAAAAGGUUUCGUUUUGAUCAGAAACAAGAAUGACUAAUUUUUUUCGGGAGCCGAGAGAGGAAGCCGACUGUGUCUGUGGCACAAUCAACCCACGAGGGUUGAUGAUGUUUUCUUUUUUUUGACUCUCUUCAACCGUUUUUUGCGACUUCAUCGCCGACAUUUUCCAAAGAUAACCGCUCCAUGCACUUCUUUUGCUUGUGCUGGAUCAAAGCAAGCAAUCCCUAGCGGGUUUGGGUGGCCAAUCGGAUCACAGGACUCGCUUCAGCGAUAUAAAAGAAAUGUUAUUAUGAUAAAGUUACGCGUGUAAAUGUAAGAAAGAAACCAGACUAGUGUAGCCAAGGACCACUCUUGAUAGUAAAUUAUGCCUAUAUAAUUCUUGUAAAAGCUGAUUAAGAGGUGGAAGGGCAUGCUUCCCCUGAAAACUUUAAAAAACACAGUCCUCUUUGAUGCCAUCCUAACAUAUUAAGAUCAAAAUCAAUUGCAAAUUUUCUUGGAUAACCUGAGUGUUAGAUCGGCUUUAACCACUCUGUGAAAGCUAUCUGCUCUUGGUCCCUGUUUACACUUUAGAUAAUGGAGUUUAGUUCAAUGCGGGAAAUGAAAUAUUAAUCAUGAUAUGAUUUAUUUGUGUCUAAUUGAAGUGUCAUUUGAUUCACAUGCACAGUCGUGGUAAAAGUACUGAUAAACAUAACCAUGGUCAUCACCAGUGAAAGUUGUACUGAUGGAAAAUACGACAUAUCCUCAUUACUGACGAGACUCGAAAAAGUGGUAACCAUUUUAUUUAAAGCACAAUUUAUAUAUUUAUUUAUUUUUUCUAUUUCUGCCAUUGCAGAUCAUGCAAUUGUAAUUAUAGUUUCGGUUGUUAAUGUUCAGUGAACAUUUAUAUGUUUACCUGAUUGUGUGUCGGUCUUUAAAGGUGCUUGAUGAACUCCUCGAUCUCAUGUUCAGUUUGCUGUUGUUUCCAUCUACAGAUGGAAGAGGCUUUUGCUGGGAGAUUUGCAGGUUGCAACGGUGUGCAGUUGAAAAGUGGCACUAGGUUUGCAAACUUCCUGGAUCAGCAAAUGAAUUGUAAUUUUCUGGUUUCUAAUGCGCUCUACUUUAUUCUGACCCUCAUAUUUUGUCUUAAUCAAGGUGUGGAGAUGCAACUCUUGGCCUACUACUUAAAUUCAAUUCCAAAACAAAAGAGCAAGAUGUUAUAACAGUACUUCGUAAUGCUGCCAAAGAUGGAAAGCUUGGAGAUAUUAAUGCGAGUGUAACGAAAAGGACAAGAUCGCAAGUUGAUUUCGACACUGGAACUACUGAAGCAGGCACAGUAACGCUCUCUGGCUGUAGGUUUUAAGUCUUUUGGUACAUGUAGACUCUGUAGUUAAUCAGUAGCAAAAUCAAAGGAAUCUUUAUCCCUCAUAUGCUCUCCAGUGAAGUGGUUAAUCAGAGAAGGGUUUAAUUACAAGUAUGUUCACCAUCUAUUUGGAACAUUCUUCUUAUGUAUGGUGCCCAUGUUAAAGUACUUUGUUGUAUUGAUUUUUUUAAAACAUCAUACAAUGCAUUUUAAUGUUUCAUUCUGCAUGACGCCACAAAAGCUAUGGGCAGCAAGGUGGGGAAGGGAUAUGCCCUUGGAUCUACUAUGAUAUAAAACAAACAAGCAAAACAAUAGCGUAAACAAUAACGCAAGGCCUUUGUUUCUUAACUAAGCCAGCUAGUGAGCUGGAGCGAUAUUCCUUGAGAAAGAAAGGGCACAAGAUCUCAUCCAAUAAAAAUCAACCCGUGCACUUUUCAGUACUACUAUUACAUAUUUUUUUGCUACUGCAAGCAAAUGUCGCGAGAACGAUUGGCCUCCUUACCGAUGUGGUUAGCAUUUGUUUCUGCCUGACCUUUACAUCAACUUUGCCAAGUAAUAAAUGGUAGUUGCUCAUAUUUCCGUGAAAUAAAAAAACUUGUAUUAUAAUAGUAAAAAAUCUUGCUAAGAAAGUAAAACAAUUGAAAUCAGGACCCAUCGUACAUUACAUUAUAUUUAAUUCUCACAAAUCAUGCGGCCCUGAUAUAAUAGAGAAAUGAUUGAGAAAACACUUCUACGUACACGUAUGUACUGUAUACAGACUGCUUGAAUCAUAGAAUUGCAACCUCGACAAGUAAAUAAAAAAAGCUUUUAUUGGCUGUGGUGCAGUGUAUACAUAAGAACUUUCAUAUGUUUUGCCGGCUUGUAAUUCUGAUUGUUUCUGAAACGUCAUAAAGAGUAAGUAAGGGAAGGGUACUGGUGGAAUGCCUGUAAUUUAGCUCUCAUACUAAGUUGGACUUCCUGUGGGUAUCAAACUCACAGUUUAUUAGGCUUUUGAGUAAUUUGACGUAAAUUGAAUAAAAAAAGUUGUACGCUUAGAAAAAGGCAUCAUGACUAAAAUGGUUAGGCGGAGGAUCUCAAACAUAUAGUUUUUGGAGGCAUAUAUUGAUAUGUUGUUCUUCUCAUGUUUUCCAGUUGCCAAAGGGAUUAUUGUUGGUGCGGUGGUUGGAUCAAUUUCCACACUGGCUGUUGCUGCCGGAAUAUUUGUCUUUUUCGUAUGGAAGUCAAGAAGGCGUAAUAGCAAGAACUCAAAUGGUAAGAGUAGUAUUUAAAAUGCCAACUUUGGCCCACAACAGGAAUCACGUAGUAUCAAGCAACCAAGAACAGUUUGUGUUCAUUGUAGCCUCAUUUAAAAACAAGGCAAGUUUGAAGAUUUCGAAACAGCUCUAACAAAUCCCUUUUUUCAAAAGGAAAAAAAGUUGUUGUCGUCCAAUUUAGCAGUAAAAGACGUAACGAAAUUAUUAGAUCGAUUACAAACUUAUUAACUUAAAAUGAAUCCUUCGUAAGUCUCAAAGCCUCAGCGUGUUUAGGUAAGGCUAGGUGAAUACAGCAAAUCUCCUUUAUGAUCUCUUGCAUUUAUAAAAUACACACACUUCAAAAAAUUUACGACCGUGAUUUUAUGCUCUCAUUUGACCGGGUUCUAUCAUUUUGUAAGUUUAUUUAUUGCCCAGGAUUUGUUGAUUGCUUUCUACUUAAAUUACCCAUGUAUAAAAUUAAAUAAAUGUCAGAAGACAUCAUUCUGCAUUGCAUUUGAGUUAAUUUUAGCUUUCUCAUUAUAUUCUUGUGGAGCUGGUUUUUCUUUGUUAUCUUCUCAGUAUACUUUUUUUCAUGUUUUUCAUAUUUUGUUCUUUCUGAUCGUCUUGGAAACAGAAAAAAGAGAAAGGUGAGAUUUUAAUAAUGAUUAAGUAUCGUCUAAUCUCAUGUCUUGUUUUUGUUACUAGUUGCAAACUGUAUACUACUGUGAAUUUGUGUUAUUUUCAAGAAUGGAUUAUGAUAGUUACGCUCAGAACAAGGGCUUCAUCUAUAGUCAAUUUCCUAGAGCAUCCUUAACGUGAUGACUUUUGGACUACUCACGAGACCUUUUGAGUGUGGGCUAUCCAGGUAUAAUGAUCUUAUCUUAGAGCUAGUCCACUUAAUGAAGCCACAGAUGCCUAGCUCUUAAUGUUUAUGAAACCUUUUUAUGUGUCAAUAUACAGCGCAAAAUGUGACAUGCCGUCACUAAUCAUUUCAUGACUAACACUCAUGGAGUACCCAGAGGUGUGCUUUCUCAGUUGAAAAAAUCUUCAAAGUGUUUCAUCCGAUUGAAUUCAGAUUCGAGAGAAAAUAUGACAUUCUUUUUUUACUUUUAGGACAAACAGAGAUACAACUGAAGAAAUUGGACUUGAUGUAAGUCGCUUAAAGAUUUGAACUCUUAACCUUAUUAGGGUACGAUACAGUACAUCAUUGUUUUUUUCCAAGAGGGCACGGUAACGAAACCUUCAAUUUAAUUGGUUCGUAGCGUAGUAAGGAUUUUCCUACCUCUGCCAAUGGGCACAGUAACGCAUUCGUUGGUCGUGGAGUACAUUCCUGGCUUCGUUGCAAAUUUUUUCACAAAUAUAUGUUGUUUUACCGGCUAGGCAGCAUUUUCAAGCACAGACUUUGGUCGAGAUCUCAGGCCGUGCAUUGAUUAAUAAUUAUUUGCUCCCUCUUUCUCAAAUCAAUUUGGUUGCCUGGAUUGCUGUUAUAAAGUUUGCCCAGAGUCUUUUAAAUUACCGUUAUCAUUACGUAAAUAGAAAUGUUUCGGCGAAGCCUUAACCUUUAAUUUGUUUUCUCUACUUUCUACUCGCUGAGAAAUUGUUGAAUUUAUGGAGGAUCUUGCCUUAAGUACAAGCUCCCAUAAGUUUAAGAGAAAAAAAGGGCUAUUUAUAGCCUGCAUUGUAACUCGCCAUAAGAAACGUAUGGCGAAAGGUUGUUUUGAUGUCCAAAAAAGCAAUUUUUGCGAGAGAUUAUAGCUUUUUCGCCGCAGUUUUAUUAUACAUGGAUAAAGAUAUGUUGAUACGUGGUAAGUGUAAGUUUUUGCUGGAAUUACCAUGAAAUGUUUUUAAAAAAUACCGAAAAACUCCUCUCCUUGCGUAAGGUCUAUUGUGAAAUCGUCAUCGCUUAAUGGUCUCGAAAUAUUACAAAAUUAGCCAGGAAUCGUCAGGAAAUAACUCAUUUAAGUCUUUUCAGUUGUAUUUAUAUAUGUACAGCCUGUUUUCAUGCUUGUUAACGUAUUUAAAUUAACAAAUUACGACGUUUGAAAAUAUAUCUCCCUUAAGGAGAGAAGUCGUUAUCCAAAAGAUGGAGUUAUUUUUACGGAGCUGUUGUUCUCUGAAAGGAUGAAAUAAGCGAUGAAAAACACGAGGAAAUCCCUCGUUCAAGUGAAAGUUUGUUUAAGAAAAAUCCAAAAGUCUUUGAGCUGCAACUUUCCUUCUGGAACUCCUUGAAGUAUCUUGUCAGGAAAAGCAAGAUCAUGGAAACUCCGGCAGAAACUGUGGACAUAUCAUCGGUUGUGCAUCGCUCCUUAAUGGACCAAUUUGUAUCACUCAUUGUCACAGAAGAAAGGGUUCAGAUUUGAGCCGAUUGUCAACGCUGAUUCGUUCGCAUUCAUCACAACAAAGAAGCAGUGUAGGUGAUUCAUCCUUUAUGAUGAUACUUCAAUGAUAUUUAAUGCUCAAGCACGCCAUUUCAAUCUCCUGCUGCCUCAAGGUAGCUCUUCUAACGCUCUUUUGUAUUACCAAGCCACGAAAAACGCUAGAAGAAGACUUAACACACGUACAAAAAACUAGAACGGCUCAGUUGAGUUAUUCCUUAGCGAUUUAUAGUUAUGUUUUCAAAAUUUCGAGACCAUUACGAAAUGUCAAAUUCACAAUAAACCUUGCGCAUGGAGACAAGUUAAUCGGAAGAUUUUACUACAUACUACAUGGUUUCUCAAACAAAAACUUAUGCCCCCCCCCCCUUGAAUCAGUAUUACCCAAAUCCAUUUCUGAUAAAAGAGCGGCGAAAAAGCGAAAAUCUCUCGCUAAAAUCGUUUUUUUGGACUUCGGAACAACCGUGGCGAUCCCAGAAAUCUGUGUGUAAACACAAAGAUCCGAUUACUGACAACUCAUUCAAUACGCCUGCUCUGCCACCCCCACCCCUCUCCUUAUUUUUGAACGUCGACCGCCCCCUUGGUACAAAUUUAUUUCUCUCCUCAGCCUUCCGCUGCCAUUAAAAUCAAAGAAGGCAGCUACGAUAUUCGUUGUGAAAUUAUUGAGCACUCGCCCGACAAAAUUACGCCUGCUUUGCAGCCUAUGCCUUGCUCGGUCCGUAAUUAGAAAACCUGUGCUCCUGUCUUUUUUCCCAAAAUAGACCGACUAAGGCUAGUAAAUAACAUGUAUAUACAUUGAAAGAUAUUUUUGAUCUAAGUUUAUGUCAUUAUCUAUCGCAAUUGCGCAAUUACUACGUAAAAGCACUUUUAAUAACAUCGCCAGAGCUCCAAUCUCUUUUGUUAAGUGCGAUACGUUUUGUGUCUUUGAUAAAAAUGUAAAGUUUUGACAAUGUCGUUUGCAUUUGAUUAUUUAUUAACAGCGACGGUUUAUCUUUUAGUCUUCAGUUAUUCCUUUUUCACAUCUGUUCCACCCUCGCUCUGCAAAGCCAUAAUGGGGUUAAUAUUCUUUUAAGAUGCUUCUCAGGUACAUUGCCAAACCGAUGGCAGAGACGAAGCUCAAAACCAUCACAAAUCAGAACGAUCAUCAGUGUAAUCUGUAAGAAACAGCUGAAAAAAAUUGAAAAUUGAUCGUGUCUUAAGUGGUUACAAAUUUUCGGAUCAUGUACUAAAAGAAAGUAGAAUUAUAAUGACAAUGUUAUGCAACACAUCCGCACGAAUACUGUAUACAUGAACAGCAGAAUGAAAAAAAAUUAAAGAUUUGAAAGACUUUCCGCUGUAGCUCUAGUUAAUGAUUGCGUUUACUAUUUACACCUCAAAAGAAUGGACUAGAAAUGGCGGAAACUUCUCAAAGCCAGAUUUGCAUAGUCUUGGAUGAGCGGAAUCGGUCACUUUCCAUGACAGAUUCAGGGCGGGCGAACUGUCAACAACCGGGCCAGUCUGUCACUAAAUACGCCUCCCUAUAUUCAUCACCACGCUGUUGGGAGAUUCCCGCAGAACUUGUGACUAUAGAAAAGGUCGUUGGUAAAGGGGCUUUUGGUCAGGUUGCCAAGGGAACAGUCAUAGGCCUCCAGGAAAGACCAAAGAAGACGCUUGUGGUUGUUAAGAUGUUGAAAGGUACGAAAUACUUUAAAUAAUUCUAUGUGUUUCAGUGAAAUUCCGAAGUUAACACUCCCAUGGAAAGGCGUAAGGUUCAGCAGGUAGCAUUAAAAAAUCUACCUUUUACUUAAUCCUGAAAGUAGCAAAGCAAGCCCUUGCCCCCCUCCCUCAUCCCUUUUAAGUGGGGAGAGUAAGGUUCAUUUUAGUAGUAUAUCUAUUCUUCAAUCAGCAGUCAACUAAACGUGACCUCACUUAGUUGAUAAAGAUCGUGAGACAAUUUGAAACUAGGUAUCAAACAGACCAUGGAUGGUUUGACCAGACCUGGGUAAUCAAGAUAUGACAAAUAUCUCACGCGGCCUUAGUAUGAAACUUACUAAUGCAGUGUCCUCUGAUAUCAGAAGUUGUAAAAUUUUCUUAUCAAUUAAUCAGAAGAACUACCUUUAUUCUGCAAGAACUUACCGACACAAACGUUUCUAAGUAAAAAUCUAAAUUCUUUUCAACGGUAGCAAACCUCAAAGACUACUUUUUCCGAAUUCAAAUUGACAUAAGGGUGGUCCCUUUCAACAUUAAACCUCAGUGGGAGAGAAAAAAAAUGUCUCUGUUAAACGUACACUGCUCAGCAAUUGUUUUGCAGAAGUCUUAUGCUAAUUAAUUUAGUACCGUUAAAGCAUGGUCGCACUGGUAUAGCAGUGGAAUGUAGGGUUUUUGUUAUUGUAUCUGUCGACUGAGAAGAGCGUUGAAAAUUAUAUUUACUUAUAGAGUGUAAACGAAGUAUUACAGUCUCGAUUCAGUCGGUCUUAUUGAGCAUUACACACGAGCUCCAAAGAUAAAGUUGUAUAAGAUAUUUAAUGACUACGACUAUUUCAUAACCUCAUGAUGUUAUGUGCCACUUAUUUUUGUUCAGAAAGAGAAUAUCAACUGACAUUCCCCAGGGUUCAGUUAUUGCUAUUACUUGCAUAGGUAACAACUGAUGAUGGGUGAUUAUCUUGCAGAUCACGCUUCUGAGUCGGAGACGAAGGACUUGUUGUCCGAACUUCAAUUGAUGAAGGAACUCGAUGCUCAUCCUCAUAUCAUUAAACUUCUGGGAUGUGUCACGAAAUCUGGUAAAUAUGAAUAAGUAUACUUUAAUACCCGAAAAAUUCUUUCGAACAGAUCUCGUGCUUACUAUAAGCGUAUUUUUCAUGUUUACCAUGCUUUACAGCGCCAUUGAUGGUGUUGUUUGAAUACGUUCCCUAUGGAGAUCUAUUGGGAUACCUCAGAAAGAGCCGUGGAUUAAAUGAUACUUACUUUAAAGACCCGGAUAUCAAACCACAAACAAAUCUGACGUCAGAGAAGCUGAUGAAGUUUGCUUGGCAAGUUGCCGAUGGAAUGUCGUAUUUGUCAUCAAUACCAGUAAGUAGGAACGGAAUUUUUAGUUAGUGAACUGUUUGGCAUGUGUUGCUGAAAUCGGACAUAAGUCAUAACUUUUCAUUCUUUUCGUUCAAUUAUUCUGAACCCCUCAAUUCAUUAACAUUAAUGAUUUGAUUUGUUUUGUCGUAGAUUAUCCAUCGAGACCUUGCAGCUCGUAAUGUGUUGGUGGGAGAAGAAGAAAAGUGCAAAGUAACAGACUUUGGUAUGGCCAGGGAUGUGCAAGAGGACAACAUUUAUCAACGAAAGUCUAAGGUAUCAAAUUAGUUCACUUAGAUAGAGAUCUGUUUACAGUCUUAUAUCGGUAAAGUCCGGUUUAUCCUUGAUCACGAUCUUUUCUUCAGUUUCGCCGACCAGUUCUAUGUGUUUCUAAUUUAGGAACGUCUCCCUGUUAAAUGGACUGCCAUUGAGGCAUUGCUGUACGGAAAAUAUUCUACAAAGAGUGAUGUGUGAGUACAAGGGCAUUAUAAGGUCCAUAAGCAAAUUGGGAAAAGUGAUUGGAUGUCUUCUGUACGUUAGUCAUUGUAUUUUUCUUCACUGAUGUGGAGAUGUGGAGGCAUCCUAUUAAGAAGGGGUGGUAAUACCCUUUCUGGCUUCGAGUUGUAAGUAACGGUCCAGGUCCCGCUCCUAUAACGAGUCUAGUGUGCUUCCCAUGAAGUUUUGCCGAAGAUGUUUGAUUUACUUUUUUUUAACGGUACGGACAAGAACGUUUAUUUGCUUUAAUGCAUCUCGUUUGUUUUACAGGUGGAGCUACGGAGUUCUCCUCUAUGAGAUCUUCACGAUUGGUAAGUUGCGAGAUUAAUAACCAGACCAUUAAUUUUAGCGUCAACGUGUCAACAAAACUAGCACUUGUGUUGACACGUGAUCAUGAAGUAAGCAGGGUGUACCAUUCUCUGAGGAAUUCAGUUUUGCCUUAGUGUUUUGUAACUGUCAGGCCACCUUAGAUUGCCUCAGUCGCUGAACUUAUUGGAAAAAGAAACAAAACGAGGAACAAUGGUGCAGGAAUUAUAUUGUAAAAAUGUAUUUACAAGUGUUAGGCCCUUCGUGGAGGAGUGUAUUCAGAGUACCUGCCUUAUUUCAGGUGGUUCGCCGUAUCCAAGGAUGGAUGGAAAAAAAAUGGCAAACUUGCUAGAAGAGGGCUACAGAAUGCCUAAACCACAACAUGUGGAUGAGAAGUUGUAUGAAAAGAUUGUGCUGUUGUUGGUGUUGUUUUUAUUUUUAAGUUCUUAUAGCAGUAACAUUUAUUUUCAAAGUUCUUCUUAUGAAAGUUGCAUGCGAAGCUCAAAAUUAAACCAGUUUUUCUUUCUGAAUGAGCCUACUUAGGGGAAAUAUUGGAGUGAGUCAGUGAUCACGAGUUUGUUUCUUGUGGUCAUUAAAGAAAGGAACAAGCUUUCCUACCGUAUAUUGCAACAUUUUGUGCCUAACAGCAUCCUAACUGAGGGCAGUAAGAACGUAUAAUGAUAUUUCCUUGACUUCUUUGUGUUUCAGGUAUGACUUAAUGACAAACUGUUGGAAUAACGACCCUAACUUGAGACCAUCUUUUGAAAAUCUGAGGAACGAACUCAAACAAAUGGAAAAUCAGCGCAAGGUAGAUUCGUGGAGCUAUCUUUGAUCUUUUUAAGUUUCAUCUGGCUUACGCAGACCUACAAACGCAAUUUACCGUCAGCUUUAAGUCGGCAGAUUUUGUGUAUCGUAAUAUUUUAUGAAAAUAACGGAAGUUUCGAUGCUACUUUGCCUAAAUUAUGAGGUAACAAUGAUAUACCAGGAUUCCACCCAGUGUCCUUGCACAAGUUCCAAAGCUCGUUCUUAUUUCAUGCUAUUCUCUGAAUCUAUCAGUGAAAACCCAAAAUAGAUGUGAAGUAAGGUUAGUACCAGUGCACUUCUUUAAACGUUUAGUUUGGUCUGUAAAAUAAUCACACCGUAAUACUCCUUACCUUUUUCUAUUUUUUUUCUAAUGUUGAAUUUUAGAAUCAUCACUGUUAAAUGCAUGUGAUAAUGGCGUCACUAUGAAGUCAUGUUGCAUGUCUAUUUCAUUUCGCUUAUUUCCAAUUAUAAUGCCAUCAGCAAAAUGCCCUUUACGAACGAUAAAAAUUCAUUUUAAAAAAAGGCUGUAUCGCGAGCGAUUAAGAUUGUCUGAUUUUCACCCCAUUUUUUGCAGAAGCUGAUAAACUUAAAGAAUUACGACGAUCGACUCUACGUUAAUGUUGACGAUCUUGCUGUGUAA